CUCUGUCAGUGAUUUAGAGUUUCGACACUUUUGAAACUAGGGCCCUGCAGAAAAGAUGUGGUCUCAUGGUGUAAUACCCCGGGAUUCUUAGUGGUUCUAAGCAAUCGUCUCAGCGGUCGUUGUGUAGGUGUGAGUGUAUGUGUGUUUGUGGCUUGUGUGUACGUUCGUGUGGUCCCCGGUUUUGUGUGUCCUUGCCAAGGUCCUGGCAAAUCCAUUUACUGUCUUGCAGCAGGUCCAUUGGAAUGAUACAUACCUUGGUGGACAUUUUUGGAGGAUAGACAGAAGCUGAGAUCAUUGGAAGCCACGUACAUAGGCCAAACCUACCACCAUCAACGCGAUGAGCUUAACGUGGACCCUACACUACUAGCUCAUUGUGCACUGCACCACCCGUAAGCUGAGGCAUUGAGAUUGAGCCAUCAGCGACCGAGCGACGCACUGAGCCCAUAGGCCUUCCUUUCUGCCGCAAAUUCGACGGCCGCGGCUGGACCGAUUGGCCCAACUGAACUGAACCACCUGACCAGCAUCCCAGUUACCAGGCAACCAACAUGGCGGGAUUCGCCGAUCUGAAGGACCGUGCGUCCAACGUGUUUGGCGGUGGCUUCGAGAAGUUCGAGAUGCCGAAGCACGGGUACGACCAGAUGGAUGGGGCGGCGAUGGGUGGCGGUGAGUACCAGGCCGGUGCCGAUACCGGCGGCAACGAUUCGCCGAUGUCGUUCGAGGAGAUCGAACGGCCACCGCUCCGUCACGUCGACAAGUACGUCCGGGCCGAGUGUCCCUGCAUCAAGACGACCCGCUACACGAUAUCGCUGAUGACCUGCCUCGGUUUCAUCAUAUCGUUCGGCAUGCGCUGCAACAUGGGAAUGGCCAAGCUGCAGUUCGAGAACGGGUCAGUGAAGUACAACUGGACGGUGGCGAUGGAGAGUGCGGUCGAUUCGUCGUUCUUCUGGGGCUACCUGGUUACGCAAGUGCCCGGUGGUUUCCUGGCGUCAAUGUUCCCAGCGAACCGCAUCUUCGGCACGGCCAUCGCUAUGUCAGCCUUCCUGAAUCUGCUCGUUCCCGGCGCCAUGAUGCUGCAUCCUACCGUCGUCAUUCUGGUGCGCGUACUCCAGGGUCUUGUCGAGGGUGUAACGUACCCGGCGUGCCACGGUAUCUGGCGCUUCUGGGCACCACCGCUCGAGCGGUCCCGGUUGGCAACGAUGGCGUUCAGUGGUUCGUACGCGGGCGUUGUGAUAGGUAUGCCGAUGUCCGGUAUAUUGACCGGUUCGAUCAGCUGGCACGCACCAUUUUACUUCUACGGUGUGAUGGGCCUCAUCUGGUACUGCUUCUGGUUGUGGCUGUCGUUCGAGAAGCCACGCCAACAUCCAACCAUCUCCGUGAAGGAGCUAAAGUACAUCGAAAAAUCGCUCGGCGACUCGGUAUCGCUACCGAUGCCCACCAUUGCAACGACCCCUUGGCGACACUUUCUCACAUCGAUGCCGGUGUACGCGAUCAUCGUGGCGAACUUUUGCCGCUCGUGGAACUUCUACCUGCUGGUGCUGUACCAGAGUGCCUAUCUGAAGCACUCGUUUGACUUCCGAAUCGAAGAGACUGGUAUUCUAGGAGCACUGCCUCACCUGCUAAUGACCAUCAUUGUACCGUUCGGCGGUAUGCUGGCCGAUCACAUCCGGAAAACGGGUCUCCUAUCGACGACGAACGUACGCAAGCUGUUCAACUGCGGUGGCUUCGGAUUGGAAGGAUUGUUCUUUUUGGUAGUGGCGCACGCCACUAGUCCGAUGGGCGCAGUGACGGCUCUGACGCUCGGUGUGGCGUUCAGCGGGUUCGCCAUAUCGGGUUACAACGUCAAUCAUCUCGAUAUUGCCCCACGGUAUGCCAGUAUCCUGAUGGGUAUGUCGAACGGUAUCGGUACGAUAGCGGGACUGAUUUGCCCGAUAGCGAUUGAUCACCUUACGCGAGGCCAGCCAAAAUCUUGCUGGUCCACGGUGUUCACGAUAGCGGCCACCGUCCAUCUGGUGGGCAUCACGUUCUACGCCAUUUUCGCUUCCGGUGAGCUGCAACCGUGGGCUGAGCCGACGCUUGACGAGCAGCGUGCCUGGGAUCCGGUCGGUACCGGGUACGAAAAGGAGACCGCAUUCAACGAAGCUGGGGCAGGUGGUGGUGACAACGGUGGAAUGGCGGGCGGAACGGCGGCCCCCUUCGGUAAUCCGUCGGCGCAGAUCAACAGCACCAAGACAGUGAGCUACGGUGCGAUGCAGCACGUUGCCGGCAACCCGUUCGCCAAUCCGACGGCAACGAUCAGCGAGGAACCGGUGCAACCGGAGGCGAGGGAUACGUAUCUACACGGAAACCCUACCGAACGUACCUAUUGACCUGUGCGCGCCAAGAAAACCGUAACAUUCUGCUUGAACUAGGCGAGCUGGCGUAGGAGCGGGUCAGCGGAUCGUACACCAGAGUUAAUCAUGUCAUCUGAUAACACCUAUAUUUAACCUAACUGAGUCUACCAGCACUGAGCACUGAGCAGUACCGCAGACUAGGGAGAAGAGGAUCGACGCAAGGGCCGCAAGAGGGGCCGAAUAUUGCCGAACUGGGUGGUUAAAGAGUAAGAAAAAAAACAGAAAGGAAAAAAUACAAAUUAACACUAACCCUGCUUAAGCAAUUAAAAACCACUAGAUAGUGACUAACAAAUAUACUAUGAAUAUCUAGCGAAGAUGCACAUCGUAUUUACAAGAGAAGAAUUCGAGACUCGGAGUGUACAUACCAAAUCGUGGACAACAAUGGACGUUACGGACGAUUCUAAAGUACGAUACACUGCUGUGUCCGCCGUGUACCCACUUUGAUUGAACUACUGCCGUAGGAUAUAGAUAAGAGCUGGAGGAAGGUGAGCUGUAGGGAGCAAACAGGAACAGGGAAAGGAGGCAACUGUUAAACGAACGCACUGAGUACGAAACCGAUUCGAUCCCAUCGCGACAAGCAAUUUGACGAAGGGAAAGCGAAACUGGCAUGUAAUUAAUCCAAUCCAAUAUAAGUAGUUUAAAGGCAUAAACAACAUUCGUAGGCUUCAUAUCAAUCCAGUCACACUCACACUGCUGCUGACGAGUGAGUGGUGAUGAUGUUGAUAAGGGAGCUGAACCAAUGAGCAUGAUACAGUGACAGAUACCGAUAUGCUGGAGCGUGGAGGCACCAAACGGCCUCCCAUCUUAGAUUACCGUUUGAUUGUUUGGCUAUGUAUGUAGAUAGCGCGAUGCGCAGGAGAGUUGAGUUUUGUUUCGCGUUUGCGCUUCCAUUCCGCGAUGUACCAUACGGCGCACUCUACUGCACUCGACGACUGUGUAACACCUUUGCUUUCGAACUAAACAAGUCAAUUCGCCGGAUGUCAGAAUGGAUGUUUGCUGCUGCUUGGCGUCGAGGAAGCUUUCUUCGCGAGAUCUCGAGAUCAUUCCCGCAAACCCACUACUACUGCAACCCAUUAGCGGCAGUGUUUGGGUUGAAUGAUCUACUAAUGGUACCCACGGCAGAUGAUGCGACCAUGACCGUUAAGCGAUUGCGAGCUAUGACGCAGUUGAGGCCGUGUAGCUAAUUGGUUUGAUCGUUAAUUCAUGCGCAGCAGCAUCCUUCUGAUUCGUUUGCGCAGGCAUGGCUAAUGUACUGUUUCAGCAUAGGUUCAGCAUAAGUGUAAAAGAACAUCACCGAACCGAAGACAGUAUUGAUGGUUGGUGGUGGUGAUGAUGAUGAUGGUGGUUUGGUUGGGAUUUUUGGAGCUGACGCGGAAAGCGCGAAAGAAAGAAGAAGCGUUCUGUACGAUGAGAUAACAUUUGAGGUGUCAACUCACUCUCAAAGGCUGUGGCGACAAUAAUAAUACUAGUGGUAAGCGAGAUUUGGGCGAGGCUGGUGGGUUGAAUGAAUUCAUUCGAUCCCCUCCUCCCAUCUCUCAACAAAACAAACCCCCGCUCUAGGUUAAGAAAUCAUCAGACUGGUGCUGAGAUAGGUAUUACUCUGUUUUUGUUGGCUAAUAAUGUUGGAUACUUUAACGUGACGCGACCGGGAAGGUGUGAGUACGGUGUAGUUGUAAAUAGCCUAGAGCAUAAAGCGUGUAUGUUUUAUGUUUUCCCUCCAUUCGACUAAAUAAGACGCCAAACGUGGUCGUCGAUGCUGUCGCAUCGUCGGCUCUUUCGUCGGCGUGCUGCGAAUGUGACAAACAAACAAUAAUGAUAUGUAAUAAGCGAGGUACGUAAGAAGGUGGUAAAAGGUGUGUGCGUGAGUGUGUGAGCGCGCGUGUGUGUGUGUGUGUGUGUGUGUGUGUGUGUGUGUGUGUGUGUGUGUGUGUGUGUGUGUGUGUGUGUGUGUGUGUGUGUGUGUGUGUGUGUGUGUGUGUGUGUGUGAAUGUAUGUGAGUGAGUCUUUGAGCCACAGUGAUAUGGUUGCUGCAGUAACAGCUCAUCAAAAAAACAUAAAUCGUACGCCGCCGACUACAAACGAGGUCACCUCGUCACAUAACUACUCCUCCAUCGCCGCGUGUGCGUCGGUGACACACGAGAAGCACAGGAGAAAUGGGAACAUUACUGACAUUUAAAAAGCAAUUCCCAUACCACGGGGCAUUCCAAUUGCAUCCGUUUUUCAACAACAAUAAAAAAACUAAGGAUCAUUGGCCGUAUAGUGAGUAGGUCGAUGAGCUAAGCAGGAUCUACUUACCCAGGCGCAAUGUAACGUGUCUCUUGCAUAUGCUGUAUCACUCAAAGACAAAGACAGAGGCUCUUGUUCCAGGAUGAUAUGCUAAUGUUACCAUCGAACCAUCGAAUGCAUUCAUCCACUAAACGGGUAUAAUAAUGGCGAAACGAGUAAAUGAAAAAUGUUGCGAAUUGUAUAGUGUAUACACUGGUACUUUAGUUUAAAACGGUAACGCGUUACCGAAACCAAAUGUCUCUAAAACGGAAACGUGACCCCUAUACGCGAUCAAUUGAAAUUUUAGUGACAGUAGAGUGUACCCUCUUAGUUCCUUACCUGUUUACCAAAAUAACCUGUUGUCGGAUCAACCCCAUUUUAAUGCCAGAGGAUUGUGUUUGACGCAGCAAACGGCCUCUGCGCGUAGUGCUCAGUUCAGUUUUCGUGACUCUAUCGUGAAUCUAUCGAACGCCGGAGGCGCAAACAGCUUCGAGGGAGUCUCUACGAUAGGUGUUGCACUGCUCAAUAGCAUGUAUACUGUAAACUAGUAGCGCGCAUAGUAGGUUGGCACGGAAAGGCAUUGUUUUCCCAAAUAGCGCACGAAUACGAGUGUGUUUACAAUUGUAAUCAGGAUGACAAUCGACACUGAUCGACGAUCGGCAUCCUCCCUUUUCAUGGUAGUCUAUCCUUCCCAAGUAAUGGCCGCUCGGUUGCCACUUCCGGCAGAGCGACACCACGGCACAAGUAGAUAAGCAUAAAGGCAUCCCUGUAUAAAGGCAGCGUGACAGAAGUGUUACUAUAGUAUUACGCUAUACUCCGUCGUUGGUUUUCGUUUUCUGUUAUAGACUUUUAACAUCUCUUCCGGAGAGCAACCAGUUUUUUCUUGCUUACGAUAUGAUCGUUGUUGUUUGAAUUGAAGCAGACAGAAGCGAGAAGCCGCGCAAUCGAUCCCUAGCAACCGUUGCAAAAGGAUCCGUCGGCUCGGGGAUAUCGAUACCAGUUCUAAUAAUAAAAAAAAACCAAUGGUAGCAGCUUUGUUACCGCCAACAAUACAAGAAUAUUACGCAAAACAUGAUCGCAAAGUCUGAACCUGGCGCCCGAGGCACAGGUUCAGCGCUAGUUAGUAGUUCCGUACGUUGUUUUAGGAGUUUAGCGCGCGGCGAGUAGUAAGAAACCCCUCAACCUCCUAGCCCCUAGCCUCUUUCUCCCCAUGUAACCGAUUGCUAGUCACACGUCGUCGGUGGUCGGUCGUUGGCCGGUCAUUGGUGUAGGUGCUGUGCUAGCCAUACUCGUUGAAACAUAUAAUAUUAAUGAUGAUGAUGAUGAGUGAUGAUGAUAAUCUGGUGUGAAUGUAAAACCCAUUAGCAAACACGUUAGCAAACUGUACAUUAUCCAGCAUGCCAGUAAGCCAAUAUGUAACUAUACAGCACGUAGAACUAUUUAGCGAUAGCAUAGGAAUCCCAGGUCCUGCCAGCCCCUGCUCCAGACGGAGGGGUGCGAUCUAUGGUAUCUGCAUCAGUUCGUUCUCAGUAAACCCAAAAAAAAUAAAACAAAAACUGGGGCUCGGUUGCGAGAACCUACCCCCCCUUGUAACGAAUAGGUGUCGGUGGUCUGAGGAGUUGACUCAGUUUCAGUAUUCAAUAUUUGCAUUCGUCUCGUUGUUAUAAUCGCAUCAUAAUCAAAUCAUCGUAACUUUAUGCUUAGCGUAUGAGUAAGUGGAACCGAACGGGCAUAUGAGCAGACAGGCGAUGCCGGAUGCGAGCGAAUGACAAAUACCAAUCCAGCACACGACGAAGACGUUCGAUUAAAGCGUACAGCCGCAGUAUAGCAUUACACCUAGUUACGUAUUCUCUCUAGCCUGGUCCCGUUUAGCGGAUAUUGGAGCGUACCGUAUAUAUAUCAUCUCUUGUGAACGUUGCUGAUGAGAGGCGCCGUCCCAUCCCGUACCUCGUACGAGCGUACCAGGAUGCUGAGGCAUAAAAGACACGAAAGGCAAGACCCGUUUACCCCACAAUAAGCAGGCACUACUCACUCACAGAACGUGUACAC